CUUGCUUGUGACAUUUUUUCUCGCGAAAAACACGAGAGGUACGGGGGUUUAUUCUAGAGAAUCUAAAUUUAAAUCUUGUUUUUGAUUUUUUUAUAGGUGUCAUUGAUUUUUCUAUUGAUUUAAAUACUUCUUUGCAAUAUAUACGUUGGAACUAUAGAGCAACGGACUGGAACAGGUAGUACAAGUGAUAGAUAGAUCAGCCAAGGCUUUUUUCUCCCGUUUUUUUUCGACAUUUCUGUGGACAAAAUCAGUUUUGAAAGAUUAUCAUGUCAUCUUCCAAUGGCGGAUCUUAUUGGAGUGACGAUAACAAUUCGUUCGAUGAUCUAGAUACCUCUCUUGAUAAAGCAUUGAAUAGUGCUUCCAAUAACCUCCUCAAUCAUAAUGGCAGUAACCGAGGAUCCCGGCAUGCAUCGCAGAGUUCGAUAUCUCAAGGAAUACCUUUAAACAACUUGACUGGAUAUAAUGACGAUGUGGAUUAUAGUCGGAACGACGACUCAUUUGACGGAUCAUCGCCAUUGAUCGGUAAUGUGCGCUCAAGCACCAGCAUUCCAUAUUCAAAUCAUAAUCGUUCAAUUUCGUCGUCGACUUCGUCUUUGAAUAUAGCUACAAGAUCAAUAACUUCGAGAUCAAAGCGGUUUAUUAAGAAAUCGAUUAAUCUAUUCAAAUUAGCAAAGCAAGAGUUGAGUCAGGAAAGACUAAGGAUAACUUUGAAUGAAAACGAUCAAGAAAAUGGUGUUAAUUCGAGGUUAUCAGACGAGCGGUAUAUAUCACCAAGAAAUACUUCACAAACUUAUCCAUCCAAUGCUAUAUCAAAUGCAAAAUAUAAUCCAAUUACCUUCAUUCCAAUUAUUCUUUAUGAGCAAUUCAAAUUCUUUUUUAAUUUAUAUUUCUUAUUGGUUGCAUUAUCUCAAAUCAUUCCUCAAUUGAGAAUAGGUUAUUUAUCUUCCUAUAUUGUGCCUUUGGCCUUUGUAUUGACUGUGACCAUGCUAAAAGAAGCUGGGGAUGACAUAGCAAGACGUCGUCGUGAUAAGGAUCAAAACAAUGAGUUAUAUGAGGUUUUAAACCGUUCAGCAUCGUUAUCACAAGAUUCAAAACUUAUUGCAUCUCAAAAUUUGAAAGUUGGGGAUCUUGUUCGAUUACAUAAAGGUACAAGAGUUCCUGCCGAUAUGAUUUUAAUUCAAUCUUCGGAUGUGAAUGGGGAGUCAUUUAUUAAAACUGAUCAAUUAGAUGGUGAAACUGAUUGGAAAUUAAGAAUUGCACAAAAUGUUACUCAAUCAAUAACCAGCAUAACCCAAAUGAUUCAUAACAUAUCUUUAAUCAUUGGUACUCCAACAAAAUCAAUUCAUAAUUUUAGUGGUAAGUUAAUUUAUCAUCAACAAAAUGGAUCAAAUGAAACAUUUCCCUUAACUGUUGAUCAAACCUUAUGGGCGAAUACUGUUUUAGCUUCAGGAACUGCAAUUGGUAUCGUAAUUUAUACUGGGGUUGAAACUAGACAACUGUUGAAUACUACUAAAUCAGGAGUUAAAAUUGGAUUACUUGAACUCGAAAUUAAUAAAAUUUCCAAGAUCUUAUGUAUUGUGGUAUUUUUAUUAUCAGUAGGAUUGGUUUUCGCUAAUGGGUUCCCAUUAAAGUCAACAUGGUAUAUUGAUAUUUUGAGAUUUUUAAUUUUAUUUUCCACUAUCAUUCCAGUUUCUUUAAGAGUCAAUUUAGAUUUAGCUAAAUCCGUUUAUGCAUCUCAUAUUCAUAAGGAUACUGAAAUUCCAGAAACAAUAGUCAGAACCUCUACUAUACCUGAAGAUUUAGGUAGAAUUGAAUAUUUAUUAAGUGAUAAAACAGGAACUUUAACUCAAAAUGAUAUGGAGAUGAAAAAAUUACAUUUAGGAUCAGUUAGUUAUGCCGGAGAUACAAUUGAUAUGGUCAGUGAUUAUAUCAAAAAUAUGUUUAAUCUUGAUAAUUCCACUAGCUUUAAGAAAAAAGAUUUAAGCUCUAAAGUUUGUGAUUUAGUACUUACUUUAGCAUUAUGUCAUAAUGUUACUCCAACAGAAGAUGAAGACGGCUUAGUUACAUAUCAAGCAGCUUCACCCGAUGAAAUUGCUAUUGUUAAAUUCACUGAAUUAGUUGGAUUAAAAUUAUUUAAAAGAGAUCGUCAUUCAAUAACCUUAUUACAUUUAUACAGCGGGAGAGAAUUAAACUAUGAAAUAUGUUAUAAUUUCCCAUUCAAUAGUGAUACUAAAAGAAUGGGGAUCAUCGUGAAAGAUUUAAAUUUCAAUGAAAAUGAGAUUUGGUUUAUGGAAAAGGGAGCAGAUACAGUUAUGGGAGCCAUUGUGAAUAGUAAUGAUUGGCUUGAUGAAGAAACUGGUAAUAUGGCACGAGAAGGAUUAAGAACAUUAGUUAUUGGGAGGAAGAAAUUAAAUAUUAAUUUAUACCAAGAGUUUGUUAAUAAUUACCAAGAAGCAUCGAUUACCAUGUAUAAUAGAGAAUCCUCGAUGCAAAGAGUAAUUGGCCACUAUUUAGAAACCGGGGUCGAAUUAUUAGGAUUAACCGGGGUUGAAGAUAAGUUACAAAAAGAUGUUAAGACCUCGAUUGAAUUAUUAAGAAAUGCUGGGAUUAAGAUAUGGAUGUUAACGGGAGAUAAGGUUGAAACUGCGAAAUGUGUUUCUAUAAGUGCUCGAUUAAUUAGCAGAGGACAAUAUGUGCAUCAAAUAAUCAAGGUUAACCAUCCCGAUUAUGCGCUUAAUCAAUUAGAAUUUUUGAAAAAUAAUAAUUUGAAUAAUACUUGUUUAUUAAUUGAUGGAGAAUCGUUAGGAAUUUAUAUGAAAUACUAUAAGCAAGAAUUUUUUGAAUUAGCCAUUAAAUUACCGGCGGUGAUUGCAUGUCGUUGUACUCCUCAACAAAAGGCCGAUGUUGCCAUUAUUAUACGAGAAAUUACUGGUAAACGAGUAUGUUGUAUUGGUGACGGAGGUAACGAUGUGAGUAUGAUUCAAUGUGCUGAUGUUGGUGUUGGUAUAGUUGGUAAAGAAGGAAAACAAGCAUCAUUAUCGGCCGAUUUUAGUAUCAAUCAAUUUUGCUAUUUGCUGAAAUUAUUAUUAUGGCAUGGAAGAAAUUCAUAUAAGAGAAGUGCCAAAUUAGGACAGUUUGUUAUUCAUCGAGGAUUAUUAAUUUCUGCAGCACAAGCGGUGUAUUCAAUUCUGUCAUCCUUUGAGCCAUUGGCAUUAUACCAAGGAUGGUUGAUGGUGGGGUAUUCCACGGUGUACACCAUGGCCCCGGUCUUUUCAUUAACCUUGGACUGUGACAUUGAUGAAAGAUUGACCAAACUAUAUCCCGAACUAUAUAAAGAAUUAACUUUGGGGAAAUCGUUAUCUUAUAAGAGUUUUUUCAUGUGGGUCUUGAUCUCCUUAUACCAGGGGAAUGUUAUCCAACUAAUCCUGCAAAAAAUCCAUUCCUUGAACGUUGAUAAUUUUUUAAAAUUGGUUACUCUACUGUUUGGAUGUUUGAUUUAUAACGAAUUAAUCAUGGUGAUCUUAUCGAUCAACAAAUGGAACAAGACCAUGAUCAUCACGCUCUUGGUGACUUUUUUGAUCUACGUUGUCUCGAUCCCGUUUUUGGGCGACUACUUUGAUCUAACCUACGUUACGUCAUUCAGUUACAUUUGGCAAACCUUGGUUAUAUUGGUGUUGAGUUUAUUCCCGGUAUGGGUCACUUUAGCAAUCAGAAGAAAGUUGAAACCACCCAGUUACGCCAAGGUGCAACAAGACUAGCUCAAAACUAAUGUAUGUUAUUCUUUAUCCAGCUGUAGGUGUUUGUAAUCGUUCCCAAUCAGACAGACGUGUAGCAAGACGUGUUUAUCUAUUCCAUCAGCUAAACGAUCGUACCCAAACGCAAAGACCCGCACACCAGAACGAACUCCCAGAACCACCAGUUGGGAUGUAACCUGCAAGGACCCAACCUGCAAAUCUGCUAUGGCGUUAACUGCCCAAUUUGUAAUUGUGCAAUUUCUUUUAAGUAUCCCUUACAAUAACAAUAGCCUGAUUUAAAAAAAGGUGGAACCACUAUAAUGCAAAAUAUUAUAAAUAGUGAAAUGAAUCCAGAUAUCGA